CUCUUUAACAUCUCUCUCUAAUUGAUUGAAACCCCAAUGGCCUUCAACACUAAGCCCAAAAGGUCCAAUCUCCCAUCUCAAACCAACCUCUGCACCACGCUUUUCUUUGUUGUUCUCUUCACAAUUCCUACUCUCUUCCUCCUCCACGCCAAUUCCACCUUCACCUGCUCCACCUCCUCCACCCUUAUCAACCAAUGGUCCGGCGAUCUCCGUAAAGCCGAAUUAGCAUGGAACCAUCUACAAUUCGCCGAUGAAGAACCCCCACCCAUCACUCUCAAGAUCGCGGUUUUCUCUCGAAAAUGGCCUAUUAGCUCCGCACCCGGCGGCAUGGAGCGCCAUGCCUUUACCCUUCAUACAGCUCUAGCACUUCGCGGCCAUCGUAUUCAUGUCUACACCUCACCUCCCUCAGCUCAUGGCAUCGUGGAUCAAUCCCCAACAACUCCUAUCUCUUACCCACGACUCCAUUUUCAUGAAGGUGUGCCAGGACAAUGGCGUUACAACCUAGCAUGGGCACAGUUUGAGGUUGAGAACAAAAGGGAACCAUUCGAUGUUGUUCAUUCGGAGAGUGUGGCACUUCCUCAUUGGUUAGCUCGUGAUCUUCCAAACCUUGCAGUUUCUUGGCAUGGAAUUGCCUUGGAGAGCCUUCAAUCUGAUAUAUUCCAAGAUUUGGUACGUAGGCCCAAUGAGCCCAUGUCACCUUCUUUUGAAAAGAAAAUUCAAGGAGUACUUCCUACUAUUUUGAAAGAAAUAAGGUUCUUUAAGAACUAUGCUCACCAUGUAGCUAUAAGUGAUAGUUGUGGGGAGAUGUUAAGGGAUGUCUAUCAAAUCCCUAAUGGAAGGGUACAUGUAAUUCUUAAUGGUGUAGAUGAAGAGGACUUUGGUCAAGACAAAAAAUUAGGGCAUGAAUUUAGGGUUAGGGUUGGUAUACCCCAAAAUGCUAGUAUUGUAAUGGGUGUGGCUGGAAGAUUAGUGAAGGAUAAGGGUCAUCCUAUACUCCAUGAAGCCUUCUCUAGAUUACUCUCUAAGUACCCUAAUGUCUACUUAAUUGUUGCUGGUUCCGGACCAUGGGAACAACGAUACAAGGAUUUUGGUCCUCGAGUAAUUGUCUUAGGGUCAAUGCGCCCUACCGAAUUAGGGGCAUUCUAUAACUCCAUUGAUAUAUUUGUGAACCCUACCCUACGUCCACAAGGGCUUGAUCUUACUCUAAUGGAAGCGAUGAUGAGUGGGAAACCGGUUCUAGCGUCGAGAUUCCCUAGCAUAAAAGGGACUAUAAUCGUCGACGAUGAAUUUGGUUUUAUGUUUUCACCGAAUGUUGACUCCUUGUUUGAGGCAAUGGAGGCAGUGGUGGAGGAAGGGGCAGAGAGGCUAGCGAGGAGAGGGAAGGCAUGCCGGGAGUAUGCAACUUCCAUGUUUACAGCAAGAAAAAUGGCAUUGGCAUAUGAGAGGUUGUUCCUUUGUAUAAAAAAUGAGACUUUUUGUAAGUAUCCUCUGACUUGAAAGAAUAUUUAGAAUAGAAAAGAAUGGCGAGAUGGCCCGUAAGAAUUUAUUUAAUUAUACUUCAGUAAUGAAUUACCAUUUUUUUA